CUCACGCUCAGUGUGCUCGAAACUGUCCAAAAAGUACGCGUUUUCUCCACGUCUGUAAAGAAAAAGAAUUACUUCGCAAGCCGGACAGUUUGGUAGAACAAACAAGCUGGUUACGCGACUUGCAAACCCAUAAUCAUGAGUCUCAAGAAAGUUUUUUGUCUGCUUGUGUUCGUCGCAGGCGCAGCGGCAAUCGAGUGCCCCGCUGGCUACGAUGUCGUUGAGUCCAAGUGCAUCCACCGCCUGCCUGGUGGUUACCUCACGCACGACGACGCGGUGGCUUACUGCCACCAGAACUUCGGCAGGCUGCCCGUGCUGCGCGACUGCGCUUCCUUCAUUGGUGUUGCCACUUAUGUUGACGAUGGAUUCUCAGCGGACGCCAUCAACGGCUACUGGCUGGGCGCUACCAAUUCUUCAGCAAAUGACGUAUGGCAGUGGAACGACGGCACCGCCGUGCAAAUGGCCGCUCCGUACUGGGCGGUCAACGUUGCAUCGGAUGGGAAGACACAACCUAAUGGUGGAACAACUGACAACUAUGCUGUGAUAGGCUCCGAAUGGGGCUGGCUGAUCAAUGACUUGAAGCCUUCAAACUACGAAGUUUAUGCAGCGUGCUCUAGAGCUCCGGUCGGUGGGUUGUGCACUACUCCGUACGUCUUGGUGGGUACACAAUGCAUUCACUUACUUCUAACUGAUUUUGAUUCCUGGAGCGCUGCACGCACCGAGUGUGGAGCGACUGGAGGAGAUCUGAUAAUUCUGGAUGACUGCGACCAGUACAGCAAGGUUACCACCUACUUCGAGAAGCAAGAUUAUAAUCCGUACGGAUACUGGAUAGGAGGCUCUGAUGAAGCCCUGGAGGGGCAAUGGCGCUGGAUUGAUGGGUCACCGAUGGCCAUGGGGCUUCCUUACUGGGCAAAU